ACGUGUCAUAUCCACUGCGCCAUCACCACCCCGACUUGCAGACCAGAGCAGCACUGAGAAGGAACUUCUCGUUAGCAAGUCCAGGAUUGACCAGCUGGAGAGAGAAAAUGCAGCCAGCGGAAGUUUGGAGAAUAUAUAAGACAGGCCAACUCUACCACUGUACCUUGGUGAAGACGUGGAACUGGACAAUGAGGGUUGUUCUUGGUUUGCUGCUGUUGCUGCUGGGUCUGUGUGGGUCAGGGGCUCAGGGCUCAGGGGGAGGCCUUGGUGAGGUGGGUGACCUCAACGAGUUUCAUGAGACGGCUCCAAGAGAUGCAGGUGAGGAAUCGACCGAGCGGAUCACAAAGCAAACUACCCCUGACAUCUGGGCAGAGGUGAGGGAGCUGAGAGACAUGGUGGUGGAGCUCAAGGUGUACGUGGCGAUGCUGCAGAGAGAGAAUUCUGCCCUUCAGACCAGACUGAGCAGCACUGAGAGGGAACUUCUUCUUAGCAAGUCCAUGAUUGACCAGCUGGAGAGAGAAAAUGCAGUCCAAGCCACAGAACUGAGAUCUUUGGAAACUAGACUGACUGCCACGGAGAGCAAAACAAGUGACCUAGAAAAAGAGAAUGCAGACUUGCAGACCAGACUUAGCAGCACUGAGACUGAACUUCUUGUUAGCAAGUCAAGAAUUGAACAGCUGGAGAGAGAAAGUGCAGAGAAGCCAAAGGUGGCUUUUUACACAGCUCUGACUGAUGCAGGAUAUGUUGGACCACACAACACAGACACCACACUAAAAUACAGCAAGGUCUUCACCAACAUUGGCAAUGCUUACAAUCCAGCUACAGGUUUCUUCACAGCACCAGUCAAAGGGGUCUACUAUCUCCAGUUCACUGUGUGUGGUAACCACACAGGUCUUAUGGGUGUAUAUGUGUUCAAGAACAACCAGAAGAUCAUGUUUAAUGUGGAGUGGAAGGAAGAAACACUUUAUAAGUAUUUCACUAAGUCGGUUGUCUUGGAGUUGAUAGCAGGAGAUACAAUUCACCUGGUUCUCCCAUCAACCUAUUCUGUCUAUGACGAUGGAGAUAACCACAGCACCUUCAGUGGCUCCCUUCUCUUCCCACUGUGAGGAUGUUGUUUAGGAUGCUGUGUGAUUGAUUUGUUACAAACACUGUUGUUAUUGGCUAC